UGAAUUGCUUCUUUUCCGCGCGACCUCUUAUCGACCGGCGACUUUUUAUUUUCUCGUUCUUCCCAGCAGCUGGUCAUAUUGUACUAUUCUCGCUAGACCACUUGUACAUAAAUUGACGAUACAACUCGAACCAGACGGGACUGAUAGAACACCUCCGAUACCCUCGUCGCAGCUUCUCCUCUUCUCUCCACUGAUUUUCCUCGACAUCGUCUCAACCUUCAUUCGCACAAGCGCACAAGCAGCUGCGCGAUAAAUACCCAUCAUGUCUCCUCCUGCGGUGGCACCAGCCGCGCUCGGCUCAGCGGGAAAAGAAUAUAAAAGGGAGUCAGGCACCGCAAGACUACUAGGAUCAGGCUCCGCCGGUAUCGCCGAGCUGAUGGUCUUCCACCCUGUCGACACAAUCGCCAAACGACUGAUGAGCAAUUCCAGUAGAGUAACGUCCGUCUCGGCCUUCAACACCGUCAUCUUCAAAGACUACGCCUCUGCUCCGGCAUUGUCCAAAUUCACCUCUCUAUUCCCUGGCCUAGGGUAUGCGGCAGGGUACAAAGUUUUACAGAGAAUAUACAAGUACGGCGGGCAGCCCUUUGUCCGAGACUACCUCACACAGCAUUAUGCCACCGACUUCGACAAGGCGUUCGGCAAAGGCACGGGAAAGGCCAUUCUCAAUGCGACGGCGGGCUCCUUGAUCGGUAUCGGUGAAAUCGUGCUGCUGCCCCUCGACGUCCUCAAGAUCAAGAGACAAACCAACCCCGAAGCAUUCCGAUCGCGAGGAUUCUUCCGCAUCGUCGCCGACGAAGGAAUGGGCCUGUACCGCGGCGCAGGUUGGACAGCUGCACGAAACGCUCCCGGUUCGUUCGCAUUGUUUGGCGGCUCGGCGUGGGCGAAAGAGAAGCUGUUCAAGCUGGAGGACUACAACAAAGCCACCUGGGGCCAGAACUUUGUCGCCUCCGUGGCCGGCGCAUCAGCAAGUCUUAUUGUCUCGGCGCCUCUGGAUGUGAUCAAGACUCGUAUCCAGAACCGAAACUUCGACAACCCCGAAUCCGGGUUCCGAAUCGUCGGCAGCAUGAUGAGGAACGAAGGCAUCACGAGUUUCUUCAAGGGUCUAGUCCCCAAGAUGCUCAUGACCGGACCCAAGCUAGUCUUCAGCUUCUGGCUGGCACAAACGUUGAUCCCGGCCUUUGGAAAAGUCGUCUAGAUGGAGAUUGGAUUCUUCAACUGACAAACCACUUCGAUUUCGAAUCUUCGAGAAAAGAGCUAGCUCCACGGAUACAUACCUCCCAUGUCGACAUACUACGAUAGUAAAUCCGGUAAAACCUCCCUCACCUCUGCGAUUGUCUCUGAGACCAAGUCUUUUGUCCCGAUUAGACCCAUGGCAAUCCCGCAUUUCUUCAAUACAAACCCCCCUCCCCAAACAUGUCGGAUGGAAAAGGGGUCACAGCCACUCGAGUUUCUAUGUUUGGUCGACGCUUCGCAGCUGCUGUCGUUUGUUGGCUACUACUAUCAACCGGCGAUUCGCGAGAGCGGCGAAAGCACUCGAAGCUCGGAGUGGCUUUUAGAGAGGCCCAUCACCUGUGCCAUUGGUGGGGUUCAUGUGUUAUGUUCCAAGGUUCUUUCCCCCCCUAGAUGCGAAGGCGUAACGAGGCGUUCUCUCAAACAUACCUGCCAUCGUAGAUAGCGAUAGAAGCUAUCGAGACCAUGGGAUGGUCUCUGUUUUGUUGUUACUAGCUACAGGGCUAAUAUCUUUGGUAUUGAUUCUGGGUCAGAUCGGGACAGCGCAUUUGUAAAGAAGGAUAUCCAUGGGCUUGAGACUUUGUGCCACGCAGGAAUGUAGUACGGGGGGACAUGCUCUGCUCAGAGAUAUGCGGAAUAAAAUCUUCACUUCUUCAACACA